GUGCAUCUACUCUCUUCUUGUCCUUGUGGUAGUGUAGUGGCUGUGUACUUGGUAGUGUGUGGCUGUGUGGUCUCCCAGUCCCCAGUUUAUCAUUUAUCCCAGUGUCAACGAAAAAUGUCAAGAUGAUUCCUGUCAGAUUUCUCUGUAGUUUCAUGUAUCGUUAAUCACAGUCACGUGUAAUCGUGCAUGCUUACACCAAAGAUCUGCAAAGUCUACGUUACUUCUCUUUAGUAAUGAAAAGAGCAUAAUGUUGAAAUACAUUUUUUCCAUUGCGAUAAUUGUUAUCGCUUGCCUGUUACAGCAAUCAGAGGCGCAAUAUGACGACAAGAGAUGCAAGUGCAUCUGCCCGAGUCUUUCUUCCGUUACAAACACGACGCAGUCGUCUAACGAGCGUCUCACGUAUAUUAUAAAUGUUCCACCGUUGCAAUGCAAGUGUGAAAGUGUUGUCCUGCCGAAAAUUGGUGAACAAAUAAAGGGCAAGGAAGAAGUAUUUUGCUCACGGUGUGACUGCAAAUAUGAAAACAGAAAUACAACUAUUAUUAAGAUUGUGGUGAUAAUAGUUAUAUGGGUUAUAUCAUUGUUAGUCAUUUAUAUGUUAUUCUUAAUUUGUCUGGAUCCACUGCUUAAUAAGCGAAUGCACAAAGCAUCGGCAAAUAUUGGUUAUCAUGAACAUAACAAUGAGGAAGAUGACUCAUCUCUUGCACCUGGAACAUCUCAUCCAAUGGGAGAAAGAGGCAAUGUUUUGAAUCGCGUUGGACACCAGCAAGACAAGUGGAAGCGACAAGUUCGGGAACAGAGGCGGAAUAUUUAUGAUCGUCAUACCAUGCUGAAUUAAAUAGCACAUUUUGUUCCUUAAAUAUGUAAAAAAUAUUCAAACACACGGAAAAUACUUCUAGUUGCAACGAUUUGUUCAAUCCUUUUGGAGCAGACCUUCCGCGAGUUUAUAUCGAUGUAAAAUAUUGCAUAAUUAAGUAACAUUAAGCGUUAGCAAUUAUUUAUCUUUGUAAAAUUAUAUUUGUGGACUGUGUCACGAUUGAUAUCAAAAAUGAAAAUAAUCAGAUAUUUUAUAAUUUAUUCUGUGAUUACAGUACAUUAAAUAAUAAACUAUUAAAUAUGUAU